AUGCAAUCAAUUAUAGAUCGACCAUCCUUAUUGUCUGCUUCAAGUGGUUAUGAAAACUAUCGAGGUUUUCUUAAUCUUCUUUAUGUUAUAUUGGGAAUAGGAAGUUUUCAUCUUGUUAUUGAAAAUAUUCUUAAGUAUGGAUUAUUAGUUGAGUUUGAUUGGCCAUUAAGAUUUUUAAAAGAUCCAACUAAUUGGCCAUCAGUAUUUCUUAUUCUAUUGAGUAAUUUAUUUAUAUUAUUUCAAUUUUGGCUUGAAAUAAAAUUAAGUAAAAUAUCAUUAUUUAAAAAGCCUUUAAUAUUAUUUCAAAUACUUAAUCUUUGUUUAAUACUUAUUUUUCCUGUUAUUUAUAUAUAUCAUCGUCAACCAAAUUCUGCAGGUGCUUUUAUAGCUGUAUGUCUUUAUUCGAUUGUAUUUUUAAAAUUAGUUUCAUAUACACAUAUUAAUUAUCAAUGUCGUAUAGGUUUAUUAAAUAAAAAACAAGAUAAUUUAAAUUCUUUUAUCAUAUCUGAAGGUCCAAUAAUUUAUCCAAAUAAUUUAACGAUUAAAAAUCUUUAUUAUUUUUUAUUUGCACCAACACUUUGUUAUGAAUUAAAUUUUCCACGUUCACCAUGUAUACGUAAAAGUUUUUUAUUUCGACGUUUGGUUGAAAUACUUGUUAUUUGUUCAUUACAAUAUUGUUUAAGUCAACAAUGGAUAUUACCUAUAUUACGUACACUUGAUCGACCACUUUAUCAAUAUACUUUAUUAGAAAAUAUUGAACGUCUUUUACGUUUAUCAUUACCAAAUCAUUUAAUAUGGUUAUUAUUAUUUUAUGUUUAUUUUCAUUCAACAUUAAAUUUACUUGCUGAAUUAUUAUGUUUUGGUGAUAGAUUAUUUUAUCGUGAUUGGUGGAAUGCAACUGAUUUAUAUGAAUUUUGGAAUAGAUGGAAUACAAGUGUACAUGAUUUUUGUAAAAGACAUAUUUAUUAUCCAUUAAUUAGUCAUUUUGGUUUAAGUAAAUCUCUUGGUUCACUUGUUGUUUUUGUAAUAAGUGCUUUUUUUCAUGAGUAUUUAAUUAGUGUUCCAUUACGUAUGAUCCGUCCAUGGAGUUUUCUUGCUAUAAUAUUACAAGUUCCAAUAGGUUUAGCUGUUAAACGUGUAAAAGGUGAAAAUAAAACUUAUGGAAAUGUGGUUGUAUGGAUAUCACUUAUACUUAUUCAACCAAUUGCUAUUCUACUCUAUAUUCAAGAUUUAUUUUAUAGAGACUUUGUAAAUCAUUAG